GAGUGUUUGUUGGAACGGGCUGAUUGAGCAAGUUCGCCUUCCCUGGCUCUGCACUGUUUGCUUUCGUGGGCAUCCUACGGCCUGAGAAAAAAAGGACCAAACGGUGCUCGUGAAAGGUGGAGGAGCCUUAUCGGGAGGCAGCAGCAGAGGUGGCGAAUUCAAGGGAUAACGAAGCGCCACAUCAAAGCCAGACUGACCUGUACAGCCACCGAGUCCAGCCCCCCUACAGAAAAAAAAUUCUCUGUCCGCGGUCUGAAGCACGCUUGGGGCAUCUCGCUCCUUUCUCCACGGCCAUGGCGAUGAGGAUGGCUAUGGCGAAAACCCUAACUAUUCCUUCCUCCAGCGUGUUCAUUACUCCCCCCGCUUCUUCAGUGCCUCGUGUUUCACUUCGCCCCACGCUUGCUUGCUCCUCCUCGCUCUUCGGCCGCGCCCUUCCUCUCUCUCGUCUUCCUAGACCAGCCCUAGUGCGUCAAGCUAGAAGUUUAAGCAUCAUGGCAUCUGCCGCUUCAACUGAGACAGCGACGAAUGAGGAAAAUAUAUUGGAAUUCAGUAAGAAGGACAAUCGCCGCAUGCUACAUGUUGUGUACCGGGUUGGCGAUCUUGACAAAACCAUCAAGUUUUACACAGAAUGUUUGGGGAUGAAACUUCUGAGGAGAAGGGAUAUUCCUGAAGAGAAGUAUACUAAUGCAUUCUUGGGUUAUGGGCCUGAAGAUACCAAUUUCGUGGUGGAGUUGACAUACAAUUAUGGAGUGGACAAGUACGACAUCGGAACCGGUUUUGGGCAUUUUGGAAUUGCUGUUGAGGAUGUCCAGAAGGUUGUUGAUCUUGUCAAGGCAAAGGGUGGAAAGGUCACAAGAGAGCCUGGUCCCGUGAAGGGCGGGAAAUCAAUCAUCGCCUUUGUUGAGGACCCUGAUGGCUACAAGUUUGAGCUCAUCCAGAGAUCCGCAACUCCUGAGCCUUUGUGCCAGGUCAUGCUUCGUGUUGGAGAUCUUGAUCGGGCAGUUCAGUUCUAUGAGAAGGCCUUUGGAAUGAAGGAAUUUCGCAGACGGGACAAUCCUGAUCAGAAGUACACGCUUGCAAUGGUGGGCUAUGGUGACGAUGAAAUGAAAACGACUGUCUUGGAAUUAACAUACAAUUACGGUGUAACUGAAUAUACGAAGGGCACUGGCUAUGCUCAGAUCGCAGUAGGCACAGACGAUGUGUACAAAACUGCAGAGGCCGUACGGACCUUUGGAGGAAAGAUUACACGUGAGCCGGGUCCUCUUCCUGGUAUCAACACCAAAAUCACAGCUUGCCUGGAUCCUGAUGGCUGGAAAUCGGUUUUCGUGGACAAUGCCGACUUUGCCAAGGAACUGGAGUAAAUGAUGUAGAGGCCAUUUUGUCUACUCCGUAGUUUCUACUUGCCAAUCAUUUGCUCACACUGGAGAGAGAGAAAGAGAGAUUCUGUAGUAUUGCUCCAAUCCCAAGCUUCCCUUCAAAGUUUGUGACCAAGAGCAUAAUGAUUUGGCAGUAUCAUAAGUUCUGUGAUAUUAUGUAUAUGUCAUUACCUACUACGGGUUUCGAAGAAGUUUUUUGCGGAAUUGCCAUU